AAAGGUGUUAGUGAAACACAUAAGAUAGAGCUACCUCUACCCUUUCAUUUCUUGCUUCCAAAUCCAUGGCUAGAAUGCUGCUUCUUUGUUCUUGGAUGGCCUUCAUCAUGGCCAUGGCAUUGGCAGCUUUCAGCACUCAAGCUGAUGCUGCUCGGGCUUUCUUCGUCUUUGGAGAUUCAUUGGUUGAUAAUGGCAACAACAACUACUUGGUAACCACUGCCCGAGCCGACUCCCCUCCCUACGGCAUUGAUUACCCAACUCAUCACCCCACUGGCCGAUUCUCUAAUGGCCGAAAUAUUCCUGAUUUUAUCAGUGAGCGAAUUGGCUCAGAACCCACGUUGCCAUACUUGAGCCCAGAGCUCAAUGGAGAAAGACUUCUUGUUGGUGCCAACUUUGCUUCUGCUGGCAUUGGAAUUCUUAAUGACACUGGAAUUCAGUUCAUAAACAUAAUAAGAAUGUUCAGACAACUGGAAUACUUUCAAGAGUACCAGCAAAGAGUGGCUGGACUUAUUGGAGAAGAGGGAGCAAGGCAACUGGUUGAUCAGGCCCUUGUCCUCAUCACUGUUGGUGGUAACGACUUUGUGAACAACUACUUCUUAGUACCUUUCUCUGCCAGAUCUCGCCAGUACUCUCUUCCAGAUUAUGUCAAGUAUCUCAUUUCCGAGUACGAAAAACUUCUGCAGAGGCUAUAUGAUCUCGGAGCACGUAGGGUGCUUGUGACAGGGACAGGACCACUGGGCUGCGUUCCAGCAGAAUUGGCGAUGAGAAGCCCAAGUGGGCAAUGCGCAGCAGAGCUGCAAAGAGCUGCGGCCUUGUUCAACCCACAGCUCGUUCAGAUGCUAGGCAGGCUCAACAGCAGGAUUGGCGCCGAUGUUUUUAUUGGUGUUAAUACACAGCAAAUGCACAAUGAUUUCAUCGAUAAUCCUCAAGCAUAUGGAUUUGUUACAUCGAAGGUAGCAUGUUGUGGGCAAGGACUCUAUAAUGGUCUUGGACUUUGCACACCACUAUCCAACUUAUGCCCAGACAGAGACCUUUAUGCAUUUUGGGAUGCAUUCCAUCCAUCUGAGAAGGCAAACGCACUAAUUGUUCAGCAGAUCCUGAGUGGCACUUCCUCUUACAUGCACCCCAUGAAUCUCAGCACCAUCAUGGCAUUGGACUCCAGGAAUUAAUUUAUUGCAUGUGCUGUCUUGGAAAACCUUGCAUUAUUUAUUAAGUGUAAUUUAUGUUUAAUUUGCGAUUCAUGUUGGCUUGUGUUGGAAUGUAGUAAAGAAUUCAGCUUGAUGUUGCUUAAGUUAUAAUGUAUUGGUUGAUGAUAUGUCAGAAUUGACCCGAUUUUCUGUCCGGAAUAAGGAAUAAGAAAAAAAAGAACGACUUGUUUUGUCA